AUGUCCCAACCCCGCAUUGCAUUCAAGGCCGGACGGGCCUUCCGUCGCGGAGGCUCAAACUGGGUUGACCCGAACCCCACCAAGGGCGCCAUUAUACUCCAAGACGGCGACGAUGGCUUGCUACACUUUAUCUGGAAGAACCGCGCGACGGACAACGUCGAGGAGGACCUGAUCCUCUUCCCUGGUGAUGCAAGCUUCGUCAAGGUAUCACAAUCCGCUUGGGGCAGGACAUACGUCCUCAAGUUUUCGUCCUCGGACCAGAGGCAUUUCUUCUGGAUGCAGAACGCCGAUUCGACCCGCGACGUGGAAUUCGUAGAGAACGUGAACCGCCUGCUGGCCGAUCCAGAAACCAUACCAAUAUGGGCUUCACACAACCCCCUCCGGCCGGCCGGCCAAUCAAGCACGCAGGCCACUCCAGCUGCGGGCCCUUCGCCCGCCCCGGCUCCUCAGCUAUCCUCGUCUCAGCCUGCUGCAGGCUCGUCUACUGAACGCCAGCCGACGACUGAAGAGCUGGCUCAGCUGCGGCAGAUUAUGGCCUCCAUGGGUAGUACAGCGACCAGCGCCCCAGACUCAACCACCCCAGACUUCCUCCUGCAGGACAUCCUCACGCCCGCGAACCUCCAGCCGCUCUUCCGCUCGCACCCCGAGCUCAUCCCCGCGCUGUUCCCGCACUUACCCCCCGACCUGCCCGUCGAGCCCUCGCCUGAGGUGCUAGAGCAGAUCAUCGCCUCGCCGCAGUUCCGUUCGGCCGUGCGCAGCUUUGACGUCGCGCUCUCGACGGGCGCGCUGCAGGGCUUCGUGCGCGCCCUCGGCCUGCCCGAGGAAGCGGGCAACGGCUUCGAAGCGUUCUUGCGCGCCAUCCAGGACCAGGCGAACCUUGACCAGGGUGGCAGUGGCGAGCGGAUGGACACCGAUUAG